CAAAUCUCUAAACAAAAUUUAUACGUCACCCCGCAAACAUUACAUUAUUUGUCGGCCCUUUCCCCUUUCUCUAUAUUUCUGGUUUCUUCGUCUAAUCAUCUUUGACUCAAUUCCAACGAAAAUGUCUUACGAUUAUCUCUUCAAGUACAUAAUCAUCGGUGAUACAGGUGUGGGGAAAUCGUGUUUGUUGUUGCAAUUCACGGAUAAGAGGUUUCAACCGGUGCAUGAUCUUACUAUUGGAGUUGAGUUUGGGGCUCGUAUGGUUAAUAUUGAUGGCAGGCCUAUUAAACUUCAAAUUUGGGACACUGCUGGGCAGGAAUCUUUCAGAUCCAUCACCAGGUCAUAUUACAGAGGAGCAGCUGGUGCACUUCUGGUUUAUGACAUCACCAGGAGAGAGACAUUUAAUCAUCUAGCCAGCUGGCUUGAAGAUGCUAGGCAGCAUGCAAAUCCAAAUAUGACCAUAAUGCUGGUAGGAAAUAAGAGUGAUCUGUCACACCGAAGAGCUGUCAGUAAAGAGGAGGGAGAACAAUUUGCAAAAGAAAAUGGGCUUUUGUUUCUUGAGGCGUCUGCCAGAACUGCUCAAAAUGUUGAGGAGGCCUUUAUACAGACUGCUGGUAAGAUACUUCAGAAGAUCCAAGAAGGUGUUUUUGAUGUCUCUAACGAGUCAUCUGGAAUCAAGGUUGGUUAUGGGCGUACUCAAGGUCCAGCUGGUCCACGGGAUGGAGCGGUUGCUCAAAGAGGUGGAUGCUGUGGCUAGUGUAUAUAGGUCCAAGUUGUAUGAUGCUCAUAAACUUUGCUUUUGUCCUCACUCAACUAAGUGACAAGAUUUGUACAGCUCAAAUUCAGUUCUUCAUCUGUUUGACUAUGUUUACUCAUAUUAUUUUAAGAGUAAAUAGGUUCUUCAGGAGCGUGUUGAAUCAUAGUACAUGUGGUAUUUGUGUUAUAUGAAAUGUUAAUCUAGUAAAAGGAUUGAGUUGA